AUGAUUUACGAUGUUUACUGUUUUUUAAAAAACGAAGCUAAUGGCAGAAGUGAUACUCAAAUUAAAGAGAGAACAGCUGAAGCAACAAAAACCUCUCUAUGCACUGUUCGGAGAAUCGUAAAAGAAGCUGAGCAGUCAGAAUUUCUCACAGUAUUCCGGACGCCUGGAAAAAAACAUGCUAGAUCGAAACCUGUAACUGGUAUAGACAAUUUCGAUCAAGGAGUUAUCAAAAGAUGCAUUCAUAAUUUUCAUUUAACAAAUAAUGAAAUCCCAACAGUUACGAAACUUCUGACAAAACUGCGAUCGGAUAUAAAUUAUCAAGGAUCUGAACGGAGUCUUCGACGCAUCUUAAAGGAUCUAGGCUUUAAAUGGAAAGCAACAGAAAAUAAUAGAAAAGUUCUUAUUGAGAAAACCAGUAUAAGAUUACAGCGAAUCAAAUAUUUAGAAGCAAUACAAAAGUACAGACAUGAAGGAAGGCCCAUAAUUUAUACUGACGAAUCGUAUGUCCACGCUUCGCACACAAGUUCCAAGGCGUGGACGGACGGUUCAAAAAAAGGUUUAAAAAAACCGAUAUCCAAAGGUCAACGGGUAGUUAUGGUACAUGCAGGGUCUGAAGCCGGUUUUAUACCAAAUGGUUUAUUAAUGUUUAAAUCCGGAGCCAAAACGGGCGACUAUCACGACGACAUGAAUUAUGAAAAUUAUUCCAAAUGGUUAACUUCACAAUUAAUACCAAACCUACCACCGAGAUCCGUCGUGGUAGUAGACAAUGCAUCCUACCAUAAUACACAAUAUAAUUUGGCCCCAAAUUCAAACUCCAAGAAAUGCGACAUGCAAGCCUGGCUGACUGAAAAAGGAAUUUCGUUUGAUCCAACAAUGUACAAGCCACAGUUGUACGAACUAAUAAAAACGAACAAAGAAAAUUUAAAAAAUUAUAAUAUCGAUAGAUUAUUAGCACAACACAAUCAUAGUGUCCUUCGCUUGCCGCCCUAUCAUCCGGAUCUGAACCCCAUUGAAAUGGCGUGGGCCGCAAUCAAAGGUUACGUUAGCAGCAAAAACGUAGCGUGGAACGUCACACGCGUUAUGGAACUGGUGAAACAGAAGGUAGAUGCUAUGGGAUCAAGUGAAUGGCAAAAGUUAUGUUCAAAAGUAAGGUCUAUUGAAGACGACUAUUGCAAAAGCGACCAUGUAGUGGACCAGUUGACAGACCAACUUGUUAUUCAAGUGGGAGAUUCAGAUAGCAGCAGUAGUAGCGAUUGGGAAGUCUUUGAUGAUGACGAACCUGGUCCGAGCACCAGUACCAACCCCAGUACCAAUCCAAGAACUUCGACUUCAUUUGCUGAUUUUGAGGGUUUCACACCGUUGAGUGAUAGUGAUUAA